AUACCAACCCCUUCCCAUCUUUCACAACAUAUUUCCAUGGAGAAUUUGAUGAUAAGGAAUCAAACCAGAAUGCCCCCUUCAAAUCCAUCACCACCACUAUCCAUUCACAGGGAUUCAAAGACUAUAUCAAAGCCAAAGCCAAAGAUACGCAUAAUACACAUAUUUGCACCAGAGAUCAUCAAGACUGACGUAGCCAACUUCAGAGAACUGGUGCAAAGACUUACCGGCAAACCGCCUCAAGAAAAGGGUUCCAAAAGAAAACCCAGAAAAGACCAUAGUUUCUGCGACAAGUCAGUGUCGACGGCAGCCAUGGCGAGCAAGAAAAUGGAGGUGAGAAGUGGGUUUGUCCUAGGCUUGGAAAUGAGAGAAAGGGUGGUUAAGGAAGAAGAAGGUAUGUUAUGGGGUAACAUUGGUGAUAAUUCAAGUGGUUUCUUGGGUGAUUUGGAUGGGUUUAUUCAACAACUUGGUGAAUUUCCUUUGCUCCCUUUGGAUGCUUCCAAUGAUCAUAUGCAUGGAUUUGAAGAAGUUCAACUUGCAUAAAAAUUCGUUCUUUUUUUUUUUUACUUGGGUUUGCUUCUUUGUUCUUUUUUUUUUCUUUUGGUUUUUUAUAAUAUAUCAUUGAAGAUGUUUUUAGGGUGGGGGGUUUUAGGUAUAGUUUUAACUCAUUUUUAUGCACCUGUUUGUCUGUCUCUAGUUGUAUUAUCUCUGCUGUAAAUAUAAGAAAUGUUAUUGACGUAAUUUAUUUAAGAACGAUUUUUUUUUUCUAA